CAGGUGACGCGUCUGGAGCACACUUAGGCGACAUUACGCCAGCGGCACACAGAGGGCGCCAUUCUCUACCAGAAAACUCUGCGGCCCUUCAUGAUGAGGCUGAAUGAAGGCAAAGAAAGCUGUCCUCUGUCCAGCACCAGCUUCCCGCACGUCCUGCCCCUCCUUUACCUGCUGGAGAGAGGCGUGGCGCUGGGUGAGGGGGCGGAGCCUUGGGAGACGGCGGAGGACGGCGUGGAUGUGGUCAUGUUGCAUCUCGAGGCGGCCAGGACCGUGGCACAACUAGGCGACGUCUACAGGUCCAACGCUGAGAGCAAACUGCAAGGUCAAAAGACACACAAACACACAAAUAUGUAUUUUCUUAAAUACGUGUCUCAAAACCCAUGAAUUUUAGGUUUACACAAAUAAAAUGAGCAAAAUGUUACCAUUAAACAUUAGCAUGCUAACGUAAGCGUGUUACAAUGAAAUAGUUAGCACACUUGCAAGAAAGAGACAUGUCUCAAACCCCAUUAAUUUGAGGUUUGUACGAGUACAUUAGCAAAAAUGUUUGCAUAAAACGUUAGCAUGCUAAUUUAAGCUUUUAUAAUGGGAACUGUUAGCAUACUUCAAAGAAAGAGAUAUGUCUCAAAACCCCUAAAUUUUAGGUUCAUACAAUUAAAAUAGCAAAAAUGUUUGCAUAAAACAUUAUUAUGCUAACAUUAGCAUGUAUUAAUGGGAAUAGUUAGCAUACUUGCAAGAAAAAGAUACGUCUCAAAACCCAU